UUAUCCUUUUAAAUAGAUAAAAUUCAAUAAUAAAUUUUUUUUUCCCUGAACACAAUUAUUAUUUAUUAGAAAAUAUUUAAUAAAACGCAAGUCACCCCCUUGUGAUCAUAUCUACAAACUCGCUUUUCUUUCUUUCGCUCAACCAUUUUCAGCAAACAAGUAAACCCUAAUAAAGCCUCUCGAGAUCCCUCUCCUUCUCCAUCGCAAUUGUAAACCCUAAUGGCAGAAUCCAGUGGUUCUGAUCCCCGAGAAGCCGAUCCGGAUCCAGAGACGCUGUUCGCCCGGCGCUGCUGCUGUUGCGUCUGGGUUCCAUGGCCGUCAAGUAGAUCACACCCUCCUCCAUCCGCCUCUGCCGAGUGGUGGGAGCGCAUCGGAGUCUCAGAUAGCAGCUGCGCCGCCACAACGCCAAAUCGGUGGUGGGCGAAGCCGUUCUUGAAGGUCCGAGAAUGGUCGGAGAUCGUCGCCGGGCCGAGAUGGAAGACCUUUAUUAGAAGAUUCAGGCGGAGUUCCAGGAUCGGAAGGACGGUUUCCAGAUUUCAGUAUGAUCCGUUGAGCUAUGCGCUCAAUUUCGAUGAUGGAGUUGGGCAAGAUGAUGAUGGCCAGGAGGAGGACGCCGGAAUUCGAAAUUUCUCGGCGAGGUUUGCGUCGGCGGCGGCGGCGGCGGCCGCCGUGGAUCACGAUCAGACACGUGGAGGGAUUUGAUUGGAUGAUGGGACAUAAAAGAUGUGAAUAAAUAUAUUUGUAUUAUUUGUGAUUAAAGAAAUGAGAAGAGUUUUUGGAGAACA